AACAGAAGAAAAAAGAAAAAAUGAAAAACCACCCUAACCCUUCCUCGACCAUCCCCAGAACGCAGCCCCUCCAUUUUCCUCACCCAGCACAAAUCCUCAAUGACUUGAUGGCCUAACAAAGAGGCUGACAAAAACCCUUCGACGACGGCUAGCUCCUUCUCCUUCUCUGGACUUCCGUUGAGCAGCUGUUGCGCAACUUUAAGGGGUAGGGACCUUCAAGCCCAUUUUCAUGGCUGCCAUUGACCCCAUGGUGGCUCCACCAGUGGCAAUGGCAUAAACCCUUGAGUAAAAUCCACAAAAUCCAGAGACCCAAAACAACUAAUUACAUGCAUUUUACUAUGGAUCUUAGAAGGCUUUCAAUCUCGAAACCCACUCUUCUCUUCCGCAUCAACCGCCCCUUAACGUGCGUUACCUGCAACCUCCAACGCCCCAAAGAGCCUCCUCAACCGCCACCAUUACAGGUUCCGAAGGAACCACAGCCUCCCAAUCAGAGUUUGCACAACUGGGUAUCUUCUAUUCUUUCAAAACCAUCUCUGGAUUCUUCUAAAUGUAAAGCUCUGAUACCCCUUUUGUCAUCUCAAGAAUUUGAUAGGGUAUUCUGUUCCAUUAGCUCCAAUGUGAACCCCAAAACAGCUCUUCAUUUCUUUUACUUUGCUUCUGAAUCUUUUAAGUUUCAGUUUACUGCACGAUCCUUUUGUGUUUUAGUUCGUCUGCUUAUUCUUUCGAAUCUUGUAUCGCCUGCGAGAUUGCUUUUGAUCCGUUUGAUUGAUGGGAAUGUGCCAGUUUUAUAUGCUAACCACAAUCAAAGGCAUAUGGAGAUUGCCAUUGCCAUGUUAGACUUGAAUACCGUGUCCACACAAGGUCUUGGGGUUCAGGCAUUGGAUUUGUUGAUUCAUGUUUACUGUACGCAAUUCAAGAAUAUGGGUUUUGGUUAUGCCAUUGAUGCGUUUGUAAUUUUUUCUAAAAAGGGUGUUUUUCCAUCAUUGAAGACUUGUAACUUUUUGUUGAGUUCUUUAGUGAAGGCUAACGAACUUCAUAAGAGUUAUGAUGUAUUUGAAGUUAUGUGCCGAGGUGUUUCUCCUGAUGUUUACUUGUUUACUACCGCGAUUAAUGCAUUUUGUAAGGGAGGGAAGGUUGAUGAUGCAAUAGGUUUGUUUUCGAAAAUGGAGGGGCUGGGUAUUGUCCCAAAUGUGGUUACGUACAAUAAUAUUAUUCAUGGGCUCUGUAAGAGCAAAAGAUUAGUAGAGGCCUUCCAGUUUAAAAAGAAGAUGAUAGAAAACAAUGUGGGCCCGAGUCUUAUAACAUAUAGUGUGCUCAUUAAUGGUUUGAUAAAGCUGGAGAAGUUUCAUGAUGCAAAUUGUGUUUUGAAGGAAAUGUGCAACAGAGGAUUUGUCCCGAAUGAGGUUGUCUAUAACACAUUGAUCGAUGGAUAUUGUAAAACAGGAAAUAUUAGUGAGGCACUAAAGAUAAGGGAUAAUAUGUUAUCCAAUGGGUUAACUCCCAAUUCUGUUACUCUUAAUUCUCUACUGCAGGGGUUUUGUAGAAGUGAUCAAUUUGAUCAUGCUGAGCAAGUUUUAGACAAGAUUUUCUCUGGUGGUUUAUCCAUAAACCAAGCUGUUUGUUUCUCGGUUAUUCACUGGUUAUGCAUGAAGUCUAGGUUUGAUUCUGCACUAAAAUUCACUACUGAAAUGCUAUUAAGAAACUUUAGGCCCAGUGAUAGCUUGCUUACCACAUUGGUUGGUGGGCUCUGUAAAGAUGGAAAGCAUUCUGAGGCACUUGGGCUUUGGUUUAGGCUAUGGGAGAAAGGAGUUGCAGCCAACACAGCGACCUCAAAUGCUCUAAUUCAUGGACUUUGUGAAUCUCGUAGCAUGCAAGAGGUUGUUAUGCUACUCAAACCGAUGCUAGAAAGAGGUUUGGUAUUGGAUAGAAUCUCAUACAACACACUUAUCUUGGGUUGUUGCAAGGAGGGAAAAGUGGAGGAAGGUUUUAAGCUUAAGGAAGAGAUGGCUAAACAAGGAAUUGAACCAGAUACUUAUACUUAUAAUUUGCUAAUGCAUGGCCUGUGUAAUAUGGGAAAAGUGGAUGAUGCGAUUAAACUUUGGGAUGAGUGUGAAAAUCGUGGUCUUGUUCCCAAUGUCUAUACAUAUGGGGUGAUGAUAGAUGGGUACUGUCAAGCUGGAAGAAUGAAAGAGGGUGAAAAUCUCUUCAGUAAGUUGGUGAAUAAGGAAGUGGAACUAAAUUCAGUUGUUUAUAAUAUACUAAUCAGAGCAUACUGCACAGAUGGGAAUAUGACUGCGGCCCUUGGUCUUCGUUGUGACAUGAAAAAGAAGGGCAUUCAACCAUCUUGUGGCACAUAUUCUUCUCUUAUACAUGGACUCUGCAAUAUUGGCAAUGUUGAGGAUGCAAAAUGCCUUCUGGAUGAAAUGAGGAAGGAUGGUUUGUUGCCAAAUGUUGUUUGUUACACUGCACUGAUUCAUGGUUAUUGUAAGCUAGGCCAAAUGGAUAAAGUAAGGAGUGCCUUUCUGGAGAUGUCUUCAGAUAACAUACAACCUAAUAAGAUUACCUACACUGUCAUGAUUGAUGGGUAUUCUAAACUAGGCAAUAUGGAAGAAGCAACUAAACUUCUAUGCGAGAUGGCAAAAAUGGGAAUUGCCCCAGAUGCCGUUACCUAUAAUGCCUUAACAAAUGGAUUUUGCAAAGAAAGGAUGGUGGAAGAAGCUUUUGAAGUAUGUGAUCAUAUGUCCAGUAAAGGUGUAGGUUUAGAUGAGAUUACAUAUACAACAUUGGUUCAUGGGUUGCAUCAGCCCACUACAUGUGCAAAUCAGGAAUGAUAUGGAAACAUUCAAAAGGUGCACAUUCUUAUUCUUAAUACUGCUGACUGUAGACCAUGGGAUAAAUGUUACAUCUCCUUACCAUCUCCAAAAUGAUCCUUGAACAUGGGAGUUGCAACCUGUAAGUAUUUGAGUUUGGAACUGGCUUUGUUUGAAGAAAAAAAUUGAAAAUUAGACACCAGCCAUCUCAGAUUUAAAUCGUGUUCACUCUGUUGAUGAGGCACAUAGCUCGCUGAUAUGGCCUUAAGGAAAUGUUUGAAACAUCAAGAUAUGGCAGAAUCCCAGAUCGACACUUAAAGGAGAAUGUGGAGUCCUUGCUGCCAAUCUGUACCCAAAGAGUGUUUUCGGGGAGGAUACUUUGGUGAAUGUGAGUUUUGAGAAACAAGCAGAUGGUAAGCUCAGUGGAUACAUCAGAAUUAGAAGCAAGACUCGAGGCAUUGUCCUUCAGUCUUGGGUACAAGAUCACCUUGAAACAGAAGGGCGGCCUCUGAUUGGACAAGCAGCCUAAUUUUGCAGCUGUUAUUCUUGCUUGAACCUUUGUUAGUGCUAGUUUGCUUGCAGCAUGAGGCCUAUCUAUAUUCAUCUGACUUGCACUUAAUUUUCGUGUUUUUACCGAGGAUUGCCUCUGUUAUAGAAUUCUUUUGCUUUUUUGUUUUUCCCAGUAAGUGGAUAGUUAGAGCAUCUACAGUGGGAGGGUGUAUAAUAAGGUGUACGCUAAAUAUACACCCUUUGUAAUCGGAAUCACCCACAAUGGAGAGGUGUAAACGAGUGUAAAUUUGCAUUACCACCAUGAGAUGCAAAUUUAGAUGCACAUAUACAUCUUUUUUUACAUUUCUUACAGGUGGGACUUACAUGAGAAAAUGUGAGAAAAAAUGGAGCAAAAAUCACAUUUACAUCCCCUUGAGGUGUAUUGGGGGAUGUAAAAGUGGUUUUACACCCCCGAAAUUACACCCUCCCACUGUGGAUGCUCUUAGGACAUAUUGUUGCUAUCCACAAUAUAUUCAAAGUAAAUUUGUAGUGAUGCCCACUGUAUACAUUUCUGUUGUUAAUUGUAACAUUUCAUGUUUUCAAUUUGUAUUUGCUGUUGCUAUCAAUACCCCCAGCAAGU